AUUGUAUAAGGUUAUCUUUGAAAAAUAGCAUUAUUUGUUUAUAAUGUGUUGACCAAAGCUAAAUAAAUAAAAUUGAUUAGUUGUGUGAUUUUACGGGUUUUUUCAUGUAAAUGUUUUAUUUCUAAUGAUAAUGGAUUUACUAAAAAAAGAACUUAGUCAGUACCAGACUCAGUUGUCCCAAAUCGAACUAGCUGUAGCAGCCUCUAGCCCAGGACCGGAUCGAGAUAAUCUCGUCUCUCUUCAAGCAGAUAUUCAAGAGUUAAUAAAAUUGACAAACGAAAAUGUUACAUCCUUACAGCAGCAGCAAAAUUUUUCUUCUCCAUCCCAUUCAGCGAAAAAAACAAAAAUAGAGAACGAUCCAUUUGCUGAAGAGUAUGCUCUAUUUAAGGCAGAGCUUGAAAAGGUAGAAGCUUCCAAUGACCACUCACCUCCAAAUGAAAGUGUAGUGCCGGCUGGAACUUCAGACAGUCUGAACUUUGCAGAGGUGCAGAAGGAGCUGGAAUCGCUACAGGGCACUAAGUGCCAGGCGCCUCACUGCAACCAGUACGGGGACCAGAGCUAUCACAAUGCCCUCGUGUUCUGCAUUGAGCCAGCAGAAAAUGUCACUAGCAUGGAGCAGAUACAAGUGCGAGUCAUGUUCACAAACCCCACCCAUAGGGACAUGUUGCCCUGCCCGUACUACUUGGGAGGGGAGUGCCGCUUCUCCAGCGACAAGUGCCGCUUCUCGCACGGCGAGCUGGUCCACUUCUCCAGCCUCAGAGAGUACAGGGAGCCUGACUUCUCACUGGUGCGGUCGAAUGUGCGAGUGCUGGUGAAGUGCGAGGACCAGCUGUGGCACACGGCCGUCGUGCUGGAAGUCGACAGGGGCAAGUGUCUCGUGAAGCUGGAGGGCAGCGGCGUGAAGACGGAGGUGGAACUGGCGAGCGUUCUGCCCCUAGGUGACUCGGCUGGGGAAAGUGUGGAAGUGAGCAGCAGCAGUAGUUCAGAUAGCAGCGACAGUGACAGCGAGACGAGAGAACUGGAAGAAAGAAAUCAGCUGGCCGUGUCUGUCAUAGAGAGAACCCUGCUGUCAUCUCCUACCACCGCCCUUGGUGACUGGGAGAAGCACACUAAGGGUAUAGGGUCGUCACUGAUGGCAAGAAUGGGCUACAUUACGGGGGCUGGUCUGGGAAAGAAUAGUGAUGGGCGAAUAGAGCCUGUGGAAGCUUUAGUUUUGCCUGCUGGAAAGUCACUAGACCACUGCAUGAACCUCAGGGAGCAGGCAGGUGGGGAUGAAGACCUGUUCAAGGUGGAGAAGAAACUGAAACGUCUGCAGAAGAAGCAGGAAGAGCAGCGGGCGAGAAUGUACGAGAGGGACAAGCAGCAACGCAAGAAUGUGUUUGACUUCCUAAACACCACCUUGAGUGGUAGAAAGGAGGGAGAUGAAGGACCUCCGGGCAAAAAGGGCAGGGGCGGCGCGGAGGACAACUUGAGGUCAGAGACCAGCCGAGGCCUCAACGUAGCCAGCCUCCGAGUGGGAGAGGACAUCCGGCGCGCGGAGCGGGAAGCGGCCAGGCUGCAGGAAUCGCUGGCGCGGCACACAGAGGGCUCCCAGGCUCACGGCCUGCUCUCAGGCCGGCUGCGCGAGAAGAGGGCGGAGCUUGCGCGGCUCAGGGCUUCUGAGCGCAGCGUCGAUCAGGAGCGCAGCCAGCGCAUCGACAGGAAGAAGAUGGCGGCCUUCUGAACGUGCACAGUGGAACCGUGGACUGAUGAAGGGCGUUAAUCGUGCACGCAAGGAUUUGUGGCCCUGCUGUUGGAAGGCUUGUUUGCAAAUAGUACUGUCAAAAUCGAGUGUCAUGGCUGGCAUGUUUUUCAGGUUAUAAAAUAUCACAACACUUUUUUUCCCCCGAGUGUACACUCGGAAAGGUUAUGAUAUUUCAUUACUAGUGCAUUUAAAUAUGUUCUGUACCAAAUUAAUACAUACUUUACAUUUAAUAAUUUAAAAAUAAUUAGUCUGUUGAAGUACUAUUUGUAAUCCAACACUAAAAACCUGGUUCCAUCAACUGAAUUUGAGAGUCCUGUUAGCAAAUCGCUAAGCCAUAGUUGGCCUCAUGUACAAAAGACAAUAGUCUGUCGAUCACUAUCAUUACAUUAUUAGUCUAUGAGUGAAACCCUCUUAUUGCACAUUUUAUCUGAUAAGGAAAAUGUAGAGAUGUUUUGGGGUUUGUAAAUAAAGUAAGCUUCUAGCCAACCCAACUUUAGGUGUACCUAUAUCAUUCUACUUCAUCUUCAUUACUUUUGUCUCUGUUGCAAGUAUGAGUCUGGAAAAAAAAAACUAACAUUUCAAUUACCACUUGAAUAAAGUUUUUUUUCCACAUGUUCUUGUACCUUAUCUUCGUUUUGUAUCCUGGCCUUUCCAAGGAUUCUCCAUUUUAGAGCCUGUAUUAUUAGUCUUCCACUCUUUCAUUGGUAUUCAUAUUUUCUGGCUUUUCAGUGAUCACAUUAUUCAGCAUUCGUUAUUUUUUCCUUCGCUAUUUAAUGGUUUUCUACAAAAUACGGUACUCAAAAUUCAUUUCAUAUGCUGUUGUGCACGUUACAAGAUCUCUCAUCUGUAAAUGAAAACUAAGCUCUUUUUUUGUUAAAAUGUUUUUAUUUACAUGAUUUGAAAGGAAGAUUUUUGUAAUUAUGAUGUACAACAACAUACAGUGUAAACUCUUUAUAACGUUACUCGAUUUAACGACAAACUCCAUAAAACGUCGAAAUUGCUUGACUUUGGUUGGUUUACCUUGUUUUCUAUACAAUAAUACACUCUAUAUAGCGUCACGCUCACUCUAUAUAACGACAACAAUACGGCAUUAUAAAUCAUUAUGCAGUACUUUCCUAAAUUGCUGAAGUUGAUAAGAACUGCAGCUGUGUAAGUUCUUUUGUUUGUUAUUUUGUUGUAUUAUCUAGCACGUGUUUACUUUGACUGACAUACCGGAGAUUCUAAGACAUUAUGUCUUUUGUAGGGAUGGGAUUUUCGAAUCUUGGAUUCGUCGAAUAUACCGAAUCCUAUGGAUUCGAGGAUCCGUAGGAUCUGAGGUGGGAUUCGAGGUGGGAUUCGAGGUGAGUUUUUAAGAGUUUUAGGUAGUAAUUGAAAAUUGUAGUGCUGGGCGAAGUUCGAAAAUUUCGAACCGAACCGAACCCUUACGUUUGGUUCGGUUCGAAACCUCUUAAAAUAUUUUCGAAAAACUGAACGUUCGUUUAAAAAAAAAUACGUUUUUAUAAUUUUCUAACCCCCAUUUGAGACCAUUCACAAAACAACACAACAAAAUUCCAUUACUUGUAAUAUUCCGACUUUAAUCGCAUAAUCGUCGCCUCAACAGUUUCAAGCGCAGACAAAAUAAAAAUAAAAAUUAUUAAUCGUCGCAUAACUCGCAUAGCAUUUUUUCAUAUAGGCGCGCUUUGUUGUUUGUUUACUUUAGAGAAUUUUGUAUGCAUUUCUCGUACUACGUAUUAUAAACUAUCGUACAAAUGCCAAAGGUAUUGUAUAUUAUACCUUUAAAUAUAGUGCGUUUACGAAAAGUGUUGUAAAAUUACCAAAGAUUGAGUAUCCCAUACGUUAAACUAAAGCGCAUGUACGAGAACUCUCGUAUUUCGGCAAAACUAACGUGAUCAAGUUAGCACAAGACAAAUGCGGUAGGAAAUGAUUACGUAAAUUACGUAUUUUUAAUUACUGGGAUGUAUUAAUUUUUUUGGCCUUUUUGGUUAUAACAGUCAGGUACUGAAAAUAUUAAUUUAAUCUUGUUUAUUAAAAGUACUGGUCCAGUAAAUUUUACAGUACGGUACUAAGUCGACUAGCGUAGUCGCGGCAGCCAUCAUUAUUUCUCGUGUUUUCUUUUUUCCGACACAAAUUUCUAUAACCACACUUCUUACGUUAAAUUUACAAUAUUAUUGUUCUUGAGGUGAUUUGCGAUGAGCAGACUUACGUCGUUUAAGUUUUCCAAAUGGAGAAAAGAUAAUGACGACCCAGAUGACCCAGAACUACCCCAAAAAAUUACUAAAGUUUCUUGUGAUGAGCAGCAUUCUUCCAAGAAAACAGUACAUCAGCGGGUUUUGUAAUGUAGAUAGGUAACUUAAUUCACAUUCUACUUUUUUUUUAAUGUCCUAUUAAAAAGUUUUACUUAUUAAAAAUGUUAGGUUAUGUCUACCACAAAAAUAUGUUAUGUGGCCUUAUGUUGAAUGUUCGUCAUCUUUAUAAUAUUAUAUAUUUUUUUUUAAAUGUAGGUUAGUGUACACUGAAAAAGGAAGAUAGUCUUUUUGAAAUUUAGAUGGAACUUCUUCAUGAAUUAAAAGUUGGUGUAUAUAUAUAUAUAAGCUAAGCUAUAUAAUGUAUUCAUUUUACAAAUGGCUGGAGAAUUUCUUUCUCACCACUCAAUUAAAGACCAAAGUGCUGGUCAUCUGUUCAUUUUAAUUAAAAACAAUUAUUUCUGUAUGAGGUUCGGUUCGGCUCGGUUCGAAACCAGAGAACUGAGGUUGUCCAGCUCUAGAAAAUUCUAUACCUAAACUAUAUUAUAAAGGUAACGAAAAUAGCACAAACAUAAGAUAAACUACGGUGCAUUUUGUCAAUUAGCAUAACUACUCAAUCAUUUCCGACCUUCAAUAAUAUAAUAUUGCAGAAAAAACGUAACUUUUUUAAAAUGGUGUCUGUUAUACAAACGUAUUUUAUUGAAAACAUAGGAAGGAUUAAUUUAACAGAGAAUUAGACAGAUGCAAACUUAAGUGUGUGGUUUUUGAGGUUAUUUGUCUCUAUUUUAUAUCAGGUGUAUACACUAUGCACUUAUUUUAUAAUUUUAUAAAUACACAUGUGAAUUUUUUUAAUACAUAGGCCUAUGUAAUUUUUUUAAAUUAAUGUGUGAUUUUUUUUAAUAACAUGUGGUGAAGUUUAGUGUGGGACUGGGAUUCGAGAUUCGAUGACAAACACAGAGGAUUCGAACAAGGAUUCGGAUUCGACCAAAAUGUGGAUUCGUCCCAUCCCUAGUCUUUUGUUUUUGUAUGAUGAACUUGCACAUGUUUACUUCGGUCACUAGACUUUUGUCAAGUUGUUACACGUUAUCAUUUUCGCAGUUGCUUACAGUUUUUCGAACUGAACACAUGACGAGUAAACGAAAAUCUUCGUGUAUUGACGAAAAAGUUUUAUUAAGCACUUGAUGCAGCGAAACUAUUAGAAAAUUACUUUUUAUAUAAUCAAGGUGAUUCGGCAGUAUCUCAAGAUAUCAGUAAAAUACCUAAUAAAAUACAAUUAAAAUACUGUAGCAGCGAAAACCAUCAGACGAAGAUAACAGACUAUAUGCAAUGAGUGUUGUUAUUUGUAUGAAAAUUAAUGUUCGUGUGUAAAAUAUGUACUAUAUUAGUAAAUACAUAUUAAUAUAGAAUAGUAAACUUAUAUCUUUUAUUUCUCUCCAUUUAACGACCACUCUCUAUAACGCAGAAAAAUGCUCAGUCCGUUAAGUGUCGUUAUAUAGAGUUUACACUGUAUUUAAAAAUGUUUUUAAGCAAUUGGCCAUGACUUUGGUAAGGACCUUCUCAAAAUUGUUUGAUUUUUUUUAAUACAUGUGCCUAAAAUUUUGGCUAUAUUUUUAGAACAUACCGUAUUUACUCGCAUAAUCGUCGCAGCAAUUUUACCAAAUUUUAUGGGAAAAAAAGUGAGGUGCGACCAAUAUGUGAUGAUAAAUAAAAUAAAAAAAAAUUAAGUAAAAUUUUGUAGUAAAUCGCUUGAAAAUGCUAAAUUAAAGAAGUUAAUAUCUAGGUACAUGGUACCUAUACGUAAUAUUUAUUUACAAUACGUACAUAAUAAACAAAACAACUUUUGGUUACAAGAAGUUUGGCAAAAUAAAAAUAUAGUAUAAACACAAAAUUGCGAAAAAAUCAAUUAACAAAAUACAUUUAUAAAACACAUUCAGUCUCAACACUAACCAAAGUUUAUCUAUUUAUUGUCUGAACUAGAUUCUGAUGCAUUAGAUUCAUUUGCCGGGACAUCAACGUCAUCUUAGUCGCCGCUGUUGUCACGUGUUAUUCAAGUUUUCUGUUUGUUUUCGCUAGUCAGGAACAAAUUUUUCACUUACUGAAAAUUCUCUUUCCGCGGCCUGAUUUCCGUGCUCUUCUGCAAUUGCGAUUACGCGCAACUUGAAAGCGGCAGUAUACGAAUUGUAUUUACCCAUAUUUUUACAAAAUGAACUUUCUCAAACUCUGCAAUUACCGGUACUUUCCACUCCAACGCAAACGAGAUAAAACAAUGGCAUCACAGCAUUUUAUCUUCCGCACACAUUCCUUCCUCCCACACAGCCAAUAAGGACAUGCCGCUCAAGGUUGGACCAAUGAUAAGCCCCACACGCCACGUGAAAGCAGGCUGUUCCAUUGUGUUUUCGGCUGUUCCAUUCGCGCCACACGCCACAUGAAAGCAGGCUGUUCCUUUGUGUUUACGGCUGAUCCAUUCGCGUGUCGCGCCCCAGUCGCCGUCAAUAAAUAAGGGUGCGACGAUUAUGGGAAGAAUCUUAAAUACCAAAUUCAUUACCUCAAACAAUAGGUGCGACGAUUAAGCGAUGGCGGCGAUUAUUUGAGUAAAUACGGUACUUUAAGUAUGUAUCUUAUUAUUGUUUGUAUUGGUAAUUAGUUAAAUUGGAUUUUUGUUCACAACAUUUUAAGAGAUUCACUUUCUUCAUUAACACAUUUAAAAAUGUAUAAUUGCUUUGGUUAUACUGUAGUGUAACUUGAAAAUUUCUAUAAUUUGAGGGUAUUUUUUUAUUUUUAUUAUUUUUUUUUGUUUGAGUUUUACCCUACAAAUUGUAAUUAUAAUUAAAAGCUUAUGUUUGGCUAGGAUUUUUUUGUUUGUACUUCUUUAGCUUUCUUUCAUUUCUCCAAAGCUUCGCAGGAUUUAGCUAAAGAAUUUAAAAUUUGAGCUCACACACACAUGGUAAAUGUUUCAAAUAAUCUGAAUGUUUUUAAGUUGAAAAUUUGUGCUAUAUUGUGAUGGUACAGAAGAAAAUUUAUUUAAAUAGAUGAUAAAUUGUAUUGUUUGAAAAGAAAGUAUUGGUACUAGUAAUGUAUAAUAAGGUUUAAUAAAGUUUACAUAAUUUGGAAUCAGGUCUUACUUGCCAGUCGGUUUGUGUACGGGCACUUCCAAAUCAUGAGAUGACUUUUGUGUAAGAGAAUUUCCAAAAUUUGAGUUAAGAUUAGAAAGGAUUCUGUUCUAGUUUAAGUAAAUUAUUUAUUUUUCUAUUUGUGAUUUUACAUGUAUUUGUUUGCAAAUUUUUUACAUUUUCGAUUACUCAAAAGUAUAUGAGUAACAUGAUUCACAUGGAGCUGUAAAAUGAAAUACAUAAUAAAUUAAAAAUUUCAGUAAGGUAAUAUUUUAUGUAUGUGUACAUGCACCAUUAUGGGUUUUAGUAUGUAUUGUGCAAAGGGGGAAGGAUACGAAGUAGUUGAUAGUAAGCUUGAGAAUUGCAAAGAAAGGGAUGAGGCUGUUAGCCGGGAACAAUACAGAAAUUUAAAUUAAGUUCUGUUUAGAAAACAAAGAUUAUUAUGCUAGCAUAUAGUAUUUACUAGCAGGGCAGUUGAGAAAAACUAAGGGCCCGGGGGCAAAUAAUGAUUUCGGCCCUUGUCUCUCCAUUACUUAAUGUACAAAUUUUUCAACCCCAUACAUCUAAAGACUGAAAUUUUUGUGGCCAUAACUAUAAAUAUGAUCCGAAUAAAACUGAAUAACUUGUAAUUAAUAUUUUAGAACAUAAUCGGGCCCUCUUGAUGCUUGCUCCCCAGUAAUUUUCCCACUCCCACCCCUAACUUCCUCACGGUGGCUCUGUUUACUAGUAACUGAAUGAUAGUCUGCAACUUGUGUGUUUAACUGACAGUUUUUCUUCAUCAGAUAUUUUUGCCUCUAAACAAUUCAAACUCCAUACCGUUCAAUUUUGCGUAAGAUACCAUUGUCCUUGGAACUCUUGGAAACUCUCUCUUCUAAAGUCCGGGUGUAGUGGUUGAUCGGAGUGGGCGACAAGAGCAGAUGAACUAGUUUUACUUGUGAACUGCACCGCUGAAGGAACCCCUCAGUUUCUGUAGCAGUGCCAACUGCCAAGGUCAGGUACAGGCUCAUUUUGCAAUUUUGGCAGCAUUUACAUCUGGCAACUCUAAAUUUUCUCUCUUCUUAUCUUGCAGGGGUCUGUGGGUAUUUAAAAAUUUGAAUUCACAUUGAAUAAUUUGAUAUGUGAUAGUACUGAUAGUCAUUAGAUACAGCAAAGGGAACUCAGUAGAUUUAGUCAUAAAUUUUUAUUCUUUUCUGCAACAUACUAGUACAUAAAUGCUUUUUUAUUUUAUAUGUAAAAGAUAAUCUGUGAUUAUUCUUGUACCUUGAAGUCUAUCUCUCUUUUUUGAGUAUUUUUCUCGAUUUUUGCAUCAAUUUUUCUUGGACAACAAAUAAUUGUGAAAAACAUAGUUUCACUGUAAGUUUUACAUUUAGUUUAAAUUUUAAAAUUAGUUUGUGAAAAGUUUAUCACCCAGUCUUGAACUACUUAAAUUUCCUCGCUCAUUCCAAAGUAUGUACUAUCACUGAACCAUAUGUUUACAGCCAGUUGGAUGGACUUGGGAAGGUGUCGGUUAUCCUUGCAAUGUGGCUGUCAGAAUUGAGAGGUCUCAGACUAAAUAUCCGUGGGCAAUACCUGCCUUCAAAGUCCCAGCUUCCAAAAGAUAGGGCCACCUUUGCCACUUGCACAAACCUAAAAAAAAUCCUGUCUUUUCUUAUAUUUACCUCAUUGUGUUUGGUCAGCCAAGUUCUCGUUAAGGUUUGCCUUGUUAAGAUGGACAUAAACACUUUCUUACGGGUGAGCAGAGGCACAUGGUAUCGUUAAUAUCGUCAGUCCAGUCAGCGCGAAUAAGUGGGGCAUAGCUUCACGUUCACAUGGUCAGGCGUAAUUGUGACACGCGGGAAUGAACUAGGAACUUAUCAACAUUGCUGCAGAUCCGUGGUUACAAAUACAGAGCCACCAACAGAGACGGGGCUUUCUCCACCUCUGGUGACAAACCAACGUAACUCAGACUGAGCUGCGGUCCCUCUCGUCUUGUCUAAAGGCUUGCCGCGGGCAUGAACCCACACUCCAAUGUGAGAGACUAACAAGGUGUGAUAUGGAGGCGGAUAGGGUAUUGCAUUAUUAAACUCAUAUUGUACAUACUUUUUACAUUGAUAGUACUGGGUGAUGACUUGUUAUGGUUAAUGUUUUAUGGAUGAAGAAACUUGGCAACUAAAAUAAACUCACAGCCUUUGCAACAGUCAUGGCCUUUGAUUUAUCCCCAAGAUCUCUGAAAGUUAAGAGUUACUGUGCGGCUAGUCGGCUGAGAACCAAUGAUAAGCUGUAAAUUAAAAUUGUUAAAUUAAAAUUAUUAUGUACUUAUUUUAACAAGUCCAUUACUUUUCAAGUGUAUGCCGAAAAUUUACACAGUGCAGUAAAAUUUACUACGUAUAUUCUUGCAAUAUCAUCUCGAUAUGCUCUUGUGUAAAAAGCUUUUGCACCCAUUGAGGUUUUGACAAUUAUUGAGGAUUCAAUCUUCAGAUUUUUACCCGCAUAUGGAUCACAGAUUUUAUGCAGGUUUUUCGUUUAAUAAAAUAUACUGCUACCCAUAUGCAAAAAUGUUCUUUUGGGUUUUUAAUAAAUAUGUCAUGAGUAAAUAUGAAAUGUUUUAGUUAAAAUAUCUCAGCAGUGAGUGUAAGGCAUUAUGAACAGCGCUGUUAAGCCAGGUCUGCUGGUGUUCGGGAACAGGUAGAAUCUAAAAAUAAACCAGCCAGAGGGAGACAGAGUGGGAGGAAGUGCGUGCCUGUGUGAGUGCUGGUGGUCAUGCAGCAGUGUUUAUGGUUCUUCCCCCCCCCCCCCCCUUCUUACUUGUUGAACUGGGGGCACCGUACACAAUUAUCAUGUCUAUCUCGGUAGGUUUUUGUGUGAGAUUUCCUACGCUUUCUACUGGAGCAUUUCAUUCAUGACAAAACUGCUGUAAAGGGCAUGCUUGUUUUUAUUGAAUUAACUGACAAAGUAAAAUUUACAAGGAAAUAGACUGCAGGCUUUUCUCUUUUGGAGAAGUCGGGAAGGGAAAAACAGGUACUAAAAUUAGCAUUCUAUUCCUUUGUAAUUUUUUGUUAGUUAGUGCUAGUUUGAAGGGGGAGGGGGGAGGAAGGGUCAUAAAGAUUGAAGAUGGGAAAGAUGAAGGAGAUCAGUACUGUUUCUUACUGGGAUAUGGACCAUAAAGAAUUCAAUUGUAUCCUACUGGAGACAGUUUUUUGGCGCAUCUCAUAUUCGAGGGUGACCCUUACAAGAGAUAAUGUUAGAUUUUUUUGCCCAAAACUAAGGGUGCAACCCAUAGAAAGGGGAGACUCUUCUGCGGGUACCUUUUCCCCAACCUGAAUGUGAAGUGCUUUAGACUAUCUGAAGUUUUUGGGCAAUCAGAGACCAAUUUUCUCCCAACUAGCUGGGCUGUUUGGCCAUUUGGCCACAUGAUUGACUCAUCUGUUCUGCCAAUCAGGGACAAUCUCUUUGUUGUCUACUCUCUCUUAGUUUGGAGCUUUUGAAGAGAAAGAUUUGGAUUUUGCUUGAUUAAUGCCUAUCUUUAGUGUCCACAUUUUCAUAAUAUAUUAAUUUUUAUAUUGUAACUUUUUUUACAAUUGUUAUUGUUAUAGUGGAGGACAAAUUAUUGUUUACAAAAUCUGUUGAUCUCGGUAAUGACUUGUCUUGUAGUUUGCAAUAUUAAGUUUGGGUAUUUACUAUGUAUCUUUUAAUUAGUGUAAUUCACUGCUAUGGUUGACUGCAGAUUUUUAAUUGUUGAUCAUUUCUUGAAUCAUGAUUAUAGUUUGGCUGCAGUCUGCCCUUAUCUUUUAUCUAUGCCAUGGUGCUUUCAGUCUUGUCUAUAGGGUUGAAUUGCUGAGAAGUCGUACCAGUGGAUCAAAGAUUUUUAUAGAAGCAAGACUUUGGAUGGUUUCACAACUUCAUUUGUUGUCAAUUUUUUGCAGCAGUUAGCUUGCAGGGCAGCUUUCAGGUAUUUUCUGAUCCUCGAACUUGGUAUUUGGUGACCAAAGUGACAGUGUAUUUUUUUCAUCUGUGAUCGGUGAUGGUGGGUUGAAUUAAUUUACCUUUUCUUAAUGUGUGUUUUUACCAAAACGUGUGUCUACAAAAAAUGUAGCUUUAUGUUUUAUUUCCGCUUCCAUGAUGUACUGCUGUCGAUGGGGGCUGUAGUUAGAGCUUCCAAAUCUUAAAAUGGUCUUACCCGUAGUACUUAUUACAGAAGUGUCAACAACAAUAUUAAUAACCUGCCAUUAAUUUUGCUCUUAUUCUUCACAUAGAGCUGUUAGCAGUUUACUUUUAUUUUUCUCCAUAUUUUGUCAGAACUGGAAUGCUGAAAGAUUGUUUUGUACUAUUUAUAUUUUAUAGUCAUUUAAAAACUGUUAUCUGUUGGUGUAUAAAGGUUGUGAUAAUAUUAUUUAUAACUCUACAUCAUUUAAAUAUAACAUCAUUCUGUUACAGUGCAAGUUAAUUGAAAUUUUGUUAACUAAUCAUUGCAUGUAUAUAGUGUAAAAAAUAUGUAGGUAUAUUGUAAUUAUGGUUUCAAUGUUUUCUCUGAUUCCAUGUGUCAUUAAAUUUUUUAAUUAAUAAAUACAUAUUUGAUA